UCCAUGGUAGACUAGUUUCCGAACGAAACUAAUAAAAUGCUGUGCUAAUAAAUUACGAAGACCGUUUGAAGCGACACGAGUAGGAUAGCUCUCUAAUGAACAUCAUGGGAGAGAAAGAGACUUCCUAUGUUUGAUUACUGUACAAAGCAUUUUUAGUUUUACUGAUUAGUACAAAAUGAAUCCGUUUGAUCGACAUUCAAGACGGACGCUCUAAUAAGAAUAUUCCUGUUUUUCUUUAUAAUGCAAAGGCGUUUCUGGUGCAGUGCUGAUGGGUAGGGCGAGGGAGUGGAGGCUGUACAAUGGAAACGGAGUCUGUGAGGUCUGAGUUGAGCGGCCGGUCGCGACGAAGCUCGAGGCACCGGCAGCACACGCAUCGGAGCACCCGGAGCAACAAGUCACAAAGAAAAGAAUCCAGUGAUAACACAAUGGCACCAUUCCAGACUAGUGUAAAUAUCAACCCAGAGAUUGGAAGGGAUGGACAAGAGGUCAUUGAAGUCCAGAUCUUACCCCAGGAUGAGAACUGGGGAGAGAACACUACAGCUGUCACAGGAAACACUUCUGAAGGUUCCCAGUCUAUGGAGGAUGUCGGCAACUGGCCCAUGGAAUCAGAUAAUGGGAUUGGAUUUGUGUGUACAAGAUACUUUGGGACAACAAUAGCUUUAGGACUGUCCUUUGUAGCUUUUGUCAGUCCGCUAGCAAUGGUAGUGUUACCCAAGAUCGGCUUCUUCCCAGGAUUGUCAGAUAAUAUAGCCAUACAGCCCAGUCAGAGGAUACAGCUGUUGUCCUGCACAGCAGAGUGUAAAGGGAUCCUACUCUCACUGGCAUUCAAGCUUGUGUUACUUGCCAUUGGAGUUUGGGCAGUGUUUUUAAGACCAAGAAAUGCCAUCUUGCCCAGAAUAUUUGUAUUUAGAGCAAUGACUUUAGUAAUCCUAGCCGUUUGUAUAUUUUCGUAUUGGUUGUUCUACAUAGUGCAAAUCACUGAGGCAACAAAGGCACUUGCAGUAGGCGAGGAAGCUAUGGAUUACAAUGCACUAGUAUCAUAUGUAUCAAGUUUCGCUGAUACUUUAUUAUUUAUACAUUAUAUAGCUGUUAUUUUAAUGGAGAUUAGGCAUCUAGAGCCUGUAUAUUAUAUUAAGAUUGUAAGGAGUCCAGAUGGUGAAAGCAGGUCUUAUGCCAUUGGGCAAUUAAGCAUACAGAGAGCUGCUGUGUGGGUGUUACAGAAGUAUUACACGGAGUUCCCGAUAUACAACCCGUAUUUGGAGAAGAUUCCUAUAUCUAAGUCUCAGAGGAAAGCCCAGUCUAGUAUAAAGUUUUAUGAAGUGGAUGGCUCGACCAAUGCGACGCCUGGACAGGCUCGGUCCACAACAGGCUCGAUGGGCGGCGGCAGUACCCGUCGUCGGGACUCGGGCUCUGCUCACAACGAGCGCUACUACGAGGAGGCGGAGCGCGAGCGGCGCGUGCGCAAGCGUCGCGCGCGACUGCUCAGCGCCGCCGAGGACGCCUUCGCGCAUGUGCGGAGGGUGCGCGUGGCCACCAACGGCGGUGCCCUAGGCCCCCGCGAGGCCGCGCAGGCAGUGUUUCCGUCGCUGGCUCGCGCGCUGCAGAAGUACCUGCGCGCCACCCGCCAGCAACCCCGACACUCUGCGGAUUCCGUGCUUGCCCACCUAGCGCGCUGCCUCUCACAAGACGCAUCCCCCCGGGCCUUCCUGGAGCCAUUCCUCGUCGAGGGUCCAGUGCUGUCAGCAGACCAGGAGACCAGACCCGUUCAGCGCUGGUCCCUUAUCUCCGACGAGCUGCUGGCCAGACCGCUGGCUGACAACGUCGAGUUCCAGCUGAGACAAGGUGAUAUCUCCCUAAUUUGUACCAUCAAACAACUGCCCAAAUUCAGUCUGUCCGAGGAGGUCGUUGACCCCAAGAGCAACAGGUUCAUUUUAAGGCUGAAUUCUGAGACGUCUGUCUGACAGGAGGAGUUUUGUAGCCGAGAUGAUUUCAGGCUUGUAUGACAUACGGAGUAUUUUUAGGUUAAGUAAUGAACAGAAGUUCAGAUUUUUGUAAGUUGUAUGAACAUGAAAUAUAAGGAAUGUCGCGUUUUUAAAGAAAGGUAUUUAAUUUAAAAGUGUGUUCGAAAAGUGACAAUAUACAGACACUUCAACCGUCUUUAGUUAAAAAUGAGACAAAUUUAAAGAAAAGCAAGCAGAUUAUAAAUGAAAUCUGUUUUUGUCGGUCGCCGGUGACCAAUUUGCUCUAAAGCUUACACGUAGUCAGUUAUAAGUGUUGCCAUUAAAAUUAUGGUUUUAAUGCCGAAUAUAUGUUAUGAAGGCUUGCUUAUCGAUCGUUGAUUGUUAAACGAAUAUAUAAAUCUGUACAAAGUUUAUUUAAAGGCAUCUACUGUAAUGUAAAUUAUAAAACAUUUUAACCUAUCAAUAGUAUAAAUAUCCGACAGUUAUUCAAAUUUACAGUAUUGUUAUUAUUAACUCUUAUUUAUGAGAAAACUGAACUUCUGUUCAUUUGCUUAUAUAAUAUCGGAACUUAACCGACAUUUUUAGUUGAAAAAUACUCAAAAUUUGUAACCAUAAAAUUUCUUACCAAUUUUUAAAAUAAGAUUUAGUAGCAACAUGUUGUAUGAAUCGAAAUUCGUAAGAAAUACAAAAGUGAUGAUUAUAAAUCCUGGAUAUUAAAAUUUUCAUCGCAAAAUCUCUUAUGUAUAAUAAUUUAUAAAUAAAAAUUAAUUUCUAAAGUUUAACAUUAGGGACUAGGCAAAACUUCUAGAUAAUUUGGAAAUGAUUUUUUGUACAGCCUUUGAGCAUACCACGCUUGGGAUACAAGCAUAUUAUUUAUUUAUGAACCCGGCCUUAAAAGUAUUUAGGCUUAAGAUUUUUUUUUAAAGAAAUAAUUAUUUUGUUAUUGCAACAUUCAUGGCGUAUGCGUACCUUUUUUUUUAUUUAAAUCUGUUUUGAUGAAUUUUAUUGGUCUUGAUUGGUGUUUUGAAUUUUGAACUAAACGUGCCUUAAUAUCAACAUGACGACAAAACUUUGUCUAUGGCUAAACACCAUAAAGUUUGUUUUCUUUCUUGUCAUGAUUGUUAUAGUGAAUGUUUAGUCACAAUUAUAAGUUAAAGAUGCAAAAUAAGUGUGAUGCCAAUUGUGCACGCAUAAUAUAUUUGUGUUUAAAAAAUACGUAAAAAAAUAUUAUGAAAACUUAAUUUUGGUACUUAUAUAUUAAUCAUUUGGAAUUAAAUCAAUCAAAAUGGGCCCUUGUCUCAAACUUAUUUUUUAUUGUUUUCUAAAAUAAGAACAAAUUAUUAUUAUAAUUACAAGCGCCUGUUGUUACAUGUAUCUUAUGUUGACUGCACAAAAAGACUUACAUAGCAUCUUAAUGAACACUGAAAUUAAUUGAAUCUCAAGUAGUAUAAGAAAAAAGACAAUUGAAAUUUGUAAAAGACUAGACCGCAUUUACUUUUAUAUUUAGUGUAGUAUUAUUUUGUACAUUGUGUCAUAUUUUGAGAUUGUAAUAAGCACAAAUUUUACAUAUAUAGGUAAAUAGUUAAGGUGUGUCUACAUAAUGCAUGUAGGAUGUAAAGGUGGGUAUUGAUACAGUUUUAUACAUGGUAAUUAAACUUCUUCUUUGAUAUCGUAGAGGCAUGAAACUAUACAGAUUUAAAAGACUACCUCUUUCCUAUCAACACGAAAUGCUGCCUACACUUAUAGCUACAACAAUCUGCCAUUUAGAGACGUCAUGUGUAUGAUGUACGUCUAUAUGCUUCGUGUAAAUUCGCCUUAAACCCAGUGAAUCUCGAACAUUGUAUAAAAGUAAUUUUAAUUAUACCAUAUCAUAGGAUUAUAUUUAUUAUGUACUAGAACAUAAGGCAGCUAUUUAAAUGUAGGUUAUUUAAUAAGUGAUAUAUUUUAUAACGUUUAUUGUUUUACAUAAAAGUGAACGCGCUUGAUAUCACAUUUUAUACUUAUUAUAGAAACAUGCAUUUCAGAAUAUUUCCAAUUUAUAUUUAAAAUGUCAGACUGGUUUUUAUAAAACUUUGUAACUUUUACAAGACGCAUGUGAAUGAGGUUGUGCUUAGGACAAUUAUGAAUGUGUGAGUUGCUGAUUUGACCAAAGAGCGCUUGGAAUGUGUAGCUAAUUGUAACAUAUCGUAAGGUUUAUAUUCAUUUGGCACGAGAUGUAAUCGUGGCAGCUUUUAAGCGGUUUUUUUUAAGAAAAUGUUAAAUAGGGUCGAAUUUUGACAAUUUGUUUAACUAAAAAAUGAAACCUUUGUAGAAGCAAUUAUACUUUGCUUCUACAGAAAUAAAAUGAAAAGUGAAAGUGCUGAAAAAUUGAACUUAUCUUAGAAGUUCAAUUUUUUACUGUCAAAACAAUACUGACCCUAAUGUAUUUCUUAACAAAUCGAUUCAUUAAUCGAUUAUAAUGAGAUUACUUACCACGACUAAGCAGCCGUGAAACCCAAUGCUCAAAUCGCAGCCUUUUGUAAAAUGCUUGUGCCUGCUUAGAUUAAGAAUAAUUUAGUUAAUGAAGUUUUUGAUAUAAUAUUCUAGUAUAAUAGUGACAUUUUUAAACGAUAUUAUUGUUUAUAUGUUUAUUUGUAAAUUGAAGUGUGAGGUAUGAAUGUUAGUUUUGGAGUGUGUUAAUGGUCAGCUGUAUAUAAAUUUCACCGCCACGAUAAAAAAAUGGAAAGAUCCAUUCAAUUUUAAUGACUCGAAAAUGUAUUUAAAUAUUCUAUCAACAAAGUAUAUAUCCAAUAAAAGUAUAAAUUGGUACUGAAUAAAAGAGGUUUUGCUAUUUAUAUUAUAGUGCUGGCCAUGAACAUUUUCCUUAUAAUGAAUCAAAGGCUAUUUUUAUCGAUGCCAGAUGUCGAUGAAAAACUCAAAUAAGCACAAAGUAUUGCCUAUAGAUGUAAUUAUGCACAAUAUCGUAAUCGUUAUAAAACAAUUUGUACACUUUUGUAUUUUCAAAUAUUAUAAAGUGGAUUUUGUA